AUGUUUCGCCUACAUUCCAUGGUGCUCUUCACCUCCUUGGCUGUCGGCAGCAUUAUUGCGCCGGAUACCAAUCAGAAGCCUCUGGGACCUGACCGCAACCAAGCCUUGUCAUCCCCCGACAGCGACAAGGUCCACGAUGCGCUUCUCGAGUCCAAGAUCAUUCCCGAAGUAUCAAAUAUGGGCUUGCUAGUCAUUGAGGACUUUGAACCUGCUUUUCUGAUCACUGUCGAGUGGCCUGGCGGUGAUGAGCAUCGGGCAAAUCUUGGCAACGAUGUUGAGCCUGGCGAUUGGAUAUCAAAGGCACCAUCCAUAACGCUCACUCCAGUUAUCCAUACAGAAAUACUUUGUGGUCUAGAACCCAAGAUUGGUCCGAACUCCAAUCUGGCCAACCUGACUUAUGCAGUUGCCAUGACAGACCCUGAUGUCCCAGCACGCGACGACCCUGAAAAGACGGAGGUCUGUCAUUGGGUUGCUACGGGGCACCCUGUCGUCAAUCCCAGAAUGGAAGGGUCUGACUGUCAUACUUUGUCGAUUGGUGACUUGGAAGAUGUGGUUUCGUACCGGCCACCUUCGCCUCCUGAAAAGACGGGCCCGCACCGCUAUGUCUUCAUCCUAUUGGCACAUGUCCCUCCAACCACCGGUCCUCUCGACCUCAAGAAGCCAGAGAGAGUUUGGGGACGCAACGGCGGUGUCAAGGAAUGGGCCAGGGGAAAUUCACUCGUUCCUGUCGGGUCCAACUUCCUCUACGCUCACAAUCCGGUACAGUAA